UUUUUUUAUCAAUGUGCGAAUAAUUUGUGAAUAAAGUAUAUGUUACUUUGUCUUAAGUUGAGUCAAGGAGAGGCAGUGAGUGCAAUUUGACUCCCGUUUUUUUUUUUGGUGUGUCUCUAAAGUGCAACAGUGGCUUAUAUUCAACUUGUGCGCUGUUAUAGUCCAACUAUAUUGAAUUUCAAUGCUCGAGUUGAUUUAUCUCUAAAUUACGUUAUGUAUAUUAGCAAUUGGGACGAGUUUCAAAAGGCAGCAAUAGACAUCUAUGCUGCUUCGCCUGAACAAACUCGUUAUGUGCAUACAUUCCACCGUGGAAAUGGGGAGCUUGUCUUGAAAGUGACAGAUGAUAGAACUAAUAUCAAAUAUAAAACAAACCAAAUGACUGACUUGAAAAAGUUCAUCAGCUUAAACAGCGACUUAAUGCUGCAGAUGAUGAGUAAAGGACCCAUCGAAGAAGACACGAUAAUGGCAGAAGCAACCGAGCAAGCUCCAAAGGCAGCUCCUUCAAAGACAAAGGCAACAGCGCCAAAGCAAGCACCAAAAGGGAAAAAAGGAAAAAAGAGACGAUAAGUUACAUAUAGCAAGUUUUGAUAUCCCAAUAAAAACACACACAUCAAAAAAGACAGUUGCUUUUAUUAGUUAAGACAAACGCUUAUUUUUAUAUGUUUAUUGUUGGUAAGAGAAGACGUUCUUCAAGUAGCCAUCUUGUUGAGCAAGACGAUUGAGGGAGUCGUCAGAUUCAGCUUCCUUACGAACAAAGCCACAGAAAGCAUAAGUGGAGAAGGUGUUGGCAUAACGACCAUCAGCAUUGACAUCGCCUACAUUAAUUUGAACAGAAGCGUGGUCCUUAGCAGUAAUGAGACGGUUGGUGGCAGAGCACUUGCGAGGAAUGUAGAGAUCAACAAGUUGGCCUUCAGAGUUCUCCAUGUU